AUGCAAGAGUGUUCCGUGCCCGAUUGUAAACACUUUAAAACCCGAUACCGAGGAGCGUGUGAAGAGACUGACACUGCUGUAUAUUCCCGGGGUCGAGACACAGGCGCAGGCUCAAUGCCACCCAAGAGAGAUGCGGGGGGCCCCUCCACCUCUCCCCCAGUGAAGAUGAUAAAGAUCGGGCCAGACGGUCAGGAGUGUGACGAGAGCCGGUACAGGCUCACAGAGGAGGGCUCGUACUCCCCCUAUGUCAACAAUGAGGAGAACGAGCAGAUUUUUGAUGAGGACAAUAUUGCCAGUACCGGACUCAGAACAGACACCAUCAGUCUGCUGCUGAAGAUAGAGCAGCUCCAGGCACAGCUGAAGUAUGAGCGCCGGUGUCGGAUUCUGGCAGAGAGAGAGCUACGGGAGCUCAAAGAGAUGAACACCUUGAUGAUGCAGAUGCGGCACACGGCCCAUGAGCUGAGAGUCACUUUGGACCACGUUCUACAGACAAACGAGCCCAGCGCUCAGGACGAGUCCAUGUCGUACAUGUCAGAGCCAGACUCCGACACAAGGGCCUCUCACAUGCAGCCAGAGGUGCACAGUGUGGCCCCUGUGCACACUGUGCCCACGGUGCAGAAUAUUCAGGAGGAUGAUGAGAAUUAUCUGUAUCUGGCAGAGAAUAUCCGAGUGCCCAAAAACCUGUACGAGCGAAUAGCCGAGAUCGAGGACUAUAAGAAGUACACAGGCGCUCUCCUCAUGAUGCUUUUUGACAGAGACACUUUAGCCACACACUCUCUUCAGGGACGCAGGGGGACGCUCAGUGGAGCAGAUGACUCUCAAAAACCACAGCUACCACCAGACAUCCUGAGAAAUACUAUUGAACACAUUUCUAGUAAGUUUGGCGUCGACCACGGCCUUAUUAAAACUGCCAUUAGGACAAAUGGACAGUGCGGUGUCCGCUCUCCACGCAGCGCCUCUGACAUCAAAGCUGCUCUCCAGAGACAACCGUCCAUCAAAGAAUAA